CAAGGAGAAGGCGCGCUUUCGCUUUACUGCCACGUUCACUCUUUUUGAGUUUACUUCCAUGUAGAUCAGAUGUCUGAAUUGUUACGUCUUAGUUUAUGAACGAAGGUUAACCAGUACUGUGACAGAAACAACACAUGAUAUUGUCAUCUAAUUUUAUUAAGGAAGAACUCUGUUUCUGGAUUUGAAGACGAAGAUUUUUAUUGAACACUGAAAAUGAUAACGAUGAACUCAAAAGUAGCCAGCCUCUGCCUGAGGGGUGCCAAUGCUAAGAAAUUUAGUUCAUUGUUCACCUGCAUUUCUGUACAGAAGGAUAACAUCAGUUUAUAUUCUACGACUAGAAGACGUUCAGAUUCUACUGAUCUCAGCUCGAAGCAUAAAUCUAAGAUCAUCGAUGGAAAGAAAAUCUCUGCACAGAUAAAAGCAGAAAUCAAAUACGAUAUUCAGAAAUGGAUCGCUACGGGAAACCGUAGACCUCACUUGAGCGUCAUACUCGUUGGAGAUAAUCCCGCUAGUGCUGUCUAUGUCAAUAACAAAUUAAAUGCUGCUCGUGAAACUGGCAUAUCAAGCGAAACAAUACAUCUUUCACCAAAAGCUACGGAAGAAGAAGUUUUAAAUAUCAUCCGAGAUUGCAACGACAUGCCAAAUGUUGACGGAAUCCUUGUGCAGCUUCCUUUGCCGAACCACAUGAAUGAACGUCGAGUGUGCAAUGCUAUUGCUCCACACAAAGAUGUUGAUGGAUUUCACGUUGUCAAUGUUGGACGAUAUUGCCUGGAUAUGCAUUCUUUAAUUCCAUGCACACCAUUAGGUAUAAUGGAGCUUCUACGGAGGACUGGUAUAAAAACAUUUGGUAAAAAUGCCGUAGUUUGUGGAAGAUCAAAAAAUGUCGGAAUGCCAAUGGCCAUGCUACUUCAUGCUGAUGGAAUAGGAGAGACGCAAGCAGGAGAUGCAACAGUCACUGUUUGUCACCGGCAUACACCGGCAGCAAAGUUAGUUGAAUUUACUCGAAUGGCCGAUAUUCUUGUUGUGGCAACAGGUAUACCUCAUCUCAUAACAGCAGAUAUGGUGAAAGAGGGCGCUGCAGUCAUCGACGUAGGUAUUACCAGGAUAAAAGAUCCUCAGACUGGAAAAUCUAAGCUUGUUGGAGAUGUAGACUUUGACAGAGUUGUAGAAAAAGUCAGUUACAUAACUCCGGUUCCUGGCGGUGUAGGUCCAAUGACGGUAGCCAUGCUUAUGAAAAACACUUACUUGGCAGCUUGUAAUCAACUAAGCUAUGAGACUGGAACAAUAGAAAGGUAUCAAAUAUGGGAUUACGAAGAAGAAAGAGCUGCUUUUGUUAUAUGAUAAAUUUAAUAGUUUAGAUUUCGACGAUAAUUACAACGCUAUAUUUGCCAUCCUGUUGACAGAAACCAUGUGAGAAAUUUGCAUAUCCUUCAGUGGUAGCAUAAUUAAAUCAACUACAAGGAAUGCCAAUUUCGGCGGUAUUACAAGAUUAUUUGUGAAGAUUGAGUUAAUAUUAUACAUAAAUUUCAUACUUUAAGUAGAAGUUUGUCCAAGUCUACGGUUGCCCAAUAAACUCAGUAUAUUAGGUUGAAGGGAAUACUUUUAACAGUUUGAUUGUAUUUUGUCACUUGAUACGAAUGUGGUUAAAUGUUUAAGCCAAAAAAAAUGAGCAUAAUAUCCCUCUAAGUUCUUUAAAUACACUGCAUUUCCUUGAAACGUUUUGUACAAUUUUUAACUUUUAUUUCAUUUAUUUUAUGUGUUAAACUUGUUUAAAUUUUCAUUUAGAUACUAAGUUUU